UGACAAUGUAGUCGUUUUGGUCGAAUUGGUAAUGACACAUUUUUUGGUGUAGCGAUGAUGUUGCUUUGUUACUUACAUGACCGUCAAGUGCUACUAGCACUUGCAUUUCCAAAAAUGAAAGUUUCUUCCAGCCCUCUUCUGUUUCUGUAGUCAAAAAAGCAUGGUCGUUGACUAUUUCAGCAGCCUUUCACCACCGCGGCGGAGGUCGCUCCGGCCGCCGUCUGGUCCCCAGGGAUUGCCUCUGCGGGUUUUCAAUUUUUUGUAUUUGUUCGCAGUCAGCCUCCACGCUUUGAAGCGCGGCGGAUGGGAGCCGGUCGAGCGGAUCGACCUGACGGCGAUACAAGCGGCGCAACAGGAGUGCCGAGCGUUACUAGAAAGGCGCGGCACGGCGGCCCAGACUGCAUCUCUGAUCCAGGUUGUCCCGAUUCCAGCGCUGAAGCGGAUUUGUGCUAUGGUACGGGCGAGACAGGGGCAGGCUUUCCUCAGCCGCCGCACGUAUGAGGCUGCCCCACGGAUCCAGUUCCAGUCGCUGUGCACCGGGCGACAAACGCACGUGGAGCUGCCGCUGGUGCUCGCCAGCGCGGAUGUACUGGACCAUUUAACGCCGUUGCUUAGUUUGCCCAGCCAACUGAACUUCAAGGGGUGCUUUGAUAGUUAUUUCAAAGUCCCAGAACCCCGGGUGCCCAGGGAAGUUUUCACGGAGCAGGAGAACGUGAUCUACCCGUUGAUCGAGCAACCACUGGCCGCCAGCCACGAGCGUGCGAAAGCCCGGCUGCGUUUUUUUCUCACGGCCGGAGACGAGCGCGCACUGUUGGAGCUACCGGGACACACGUCAGUCAAACGGCUGAGCGAACUGCUCUCGGAAAUCGCCCCUGGAGGAUCUUCGUCUUUAACCACCAGUGCGGGCGCGAGAAAUAAAGUCCAUCGGCAGCGGUUCCACCUCGGAUUCAGAUACGCAAGCUCUUCUUCGUGCGUUUCAGCACGAGGUCUGUGGGAAUGCAGGCGGCUGUGGGUUCAGCUAUCAGACAAGCGAAUUAGAAGACGAUGCUUCUCGGCCGCACCACCCGCACCGCGGCGGUACGUUUGA